ACGACGGAUCUCCUGCAGGACAAUGUGAGGCACGGAGAGUUGAUCCAACGCAGUUAGCCGCAGCCAGGAUGGACGUGGGGAUUAUUUGACUCGUUUUAUAGCUCGAUCACAGCCUGAAUACUGUCGGAGGAUCAUUUUAGUUCUGCAGAGGAAGCGGCCGCAGCGAUGGGAGUCCUGCGCUGAGCGGAGCGCGGCGGCAGGGCCAAGAAACGGGAGAAAGAUGGGUGUCGUGCUGCGGAGCCUGUUGUUGUGUAGUUUUUGUUUGCUCAUACGAGGCGUGCCGCUGCUUCUGUUUGCGAACCGGCGGGACCUUCGGCUCGUGGACGCGGCACACGAGAAGGCCAACGCCACGGUGGUGGUGGGAGGGCUGGAAGAUGCCGCCGCUGUGGACUACGUUUAUUCACAGGGACUUAUAUACUGGAGCGACGUGAGUGAGGAGGCUAUCAAACGCACCGUUUUUAACCAGUCAGGGGCCAGUGCCAUUCAGACGGUAAUCCCUGGGCUGGCGUCCCCAGACGGACUGGCCUGCGAUUGGUUAGGGAGUAAACUUUACUGGACGGACUCAGAGACUAAUCGGAUCGAGGUGGCUGAGCUGGAUGGGUCUCUGAGGAAAGUUCUGUUCUGGCAGGAGCUGGACCAGCCUAGGGCCAUCGCUCUGGACCCCCAACGAGGUUACAUGUACUGGACGGACUGGGGUGAGGUCCCAAAGAUCGAGCGUGCAGGGAUGGACGGGACGAAUCGCUCCAUGAUCAUCGACAGAGAAAUCUACUGGCCCAACGGUCUGACGCUCGACUACGACCAGCAGAAACUUUACUGGGCCGACGCCAAACACAACUUCAUCCACCGCUGCAACCUGGAUGGGUCAGACAGGGAGGUGGUAGUGAAGGGGGAGCUGCCUCACCCGUUCGCCCUCACCCUGUACGAUGACACACUGUUCUGGACCGACUGGAACACCCACUCCAUACACUCAUGCAAGAAGCAGACCGGAGCCGACCAACGCAUCGUCCACACCAACAUCUUCUCUCCGAUGGACAUCCACGUCUUCAGCUCCAGGAGACAGAACAACCAGGUGAGCAGUCCAUGCUCGGUGAAGAACGGAGGAUGUUCUCACCUGUGUCUCCUCUCGCCAAGGGAGCCGUUCUAUCAGUGCGCCUGUCCCACCGGAGUCCAGCUGCUGGAGGACGGGAAGACCUGCAGGGACGGUGCGACUCAGAUGCUGCUGCUGGCGCGGCGGACUGACCUGCGGCGGAUCUCCCUGGACAUGCCGGACUUCACGGACAUCAUCCUGCAGGUGGAUGACAUCCGGCACGCCAUCGCCAUCGACUACGACCCCGUGGAGGGAUACAUCUACUGGACGGACGACGAUGUCAAAGCUAUCCGUCGCUCCCUACUCGAUGGCAGCGAUGCGCAGUUCGUGGUCACGUCUCAGGUGAACCACCCGGACGGCAUUGCGGUGGACUGGAUCGCCAGGAACCUGUACUGGACAGACACGGGGACGGAUCGCAUAGAGGUGACGCGGCUCAACGGGACGAUGCGGAAGAUCCUGAUUUCUGAAGACCUGGAUGAACCGAGAGCCAUAGUCCUGGAUCCUGUAGCCGGCUAUAUGUACUGGACAGACUGGGGUGAAGUCCCGAAGAUCGAGCGAGCUGAUCUGGACGGUUUGGAGCGUGUGGUGAUGGUGAACACAUCCCUCGGCUGGCCCAACGGCCUCGCCCUCGACUACGACGAGAGGAAGAUCUACUGGGGGGACGCCAAGACUGACAAGAUCGAGGUGAUGAACAUGGACGGGACAGGCCGACGGGUGCUGGUAGAGGACAAACUUCCUCACAUCUUCGGCUUCACACUGCUGGGAGACUACAUCUACUGGACAGACUGGCAGCGCCGCAGCAUCGAACGCGUCCACAAACGUACGGCCGAGAGGGAGUUCAUCAUCGACCAGCUGCCUGACCUCAUGGGGCUCAAAGCCACAUACGUACACCAAGCUACAGGUACAAACCCGUGUGCAGAGAGUAACGGCGGCUGUAGCCACCUGUGCCUGUAUAAGCCCCAGGGCGUGCAGUGCGGAUGUCCGAUCGGCCUUGAACUCAUCGCAGACAUGAGGACGUGCAUUGUCCCUGAGGCCUUCCUGCUCUUCUCCAGACACACUGACAUCAGACGAAUCUCCCUGGAGACCAACAACAAUAACGUGGCGAUCCCACUCACGGGUGUGAAGGAGGCGUCGGCGCUUGACUUCGACGUCACCGACAACCGGAUCUACUGGACAGACAUCACGCUUAAAACGAUCAGCCGGGCGUUCAUGAACGGCAGCGCUCUGGAGCACGUUGUGGAGUUCGGUCUGGACUAUCCUGAGGGGAUGGCGGUGGACUGGCUGGGGAAGAACUUGUACUGGGCCGACACAGGGACAAACCGCAUCGAGGUGGCCAAACUGGAUGGGCAGCACCGACAGGUGCUGGUGUGGAAGGACCUGGAUAGUCCCAGAGCGCUGGCUCUGGAUCCUGCUGAGGGGUACAUGUACUGGACUGAGUGGGGCGGUAAGCCGAAGAUUGACAGAGCGGCGAUGGACGGGACAGGGAGGAUCACGCUGGUGGCCGAUGUGGGCCGAGCCAACGGGUUGACCAUCGAUUACGCAGAGAGACGACUGUACUGGACUGACCUGGACACAACACUCAUCGAGUCCUCCAACAUGCUGGGUCUGGACCGGGAGGUGAUAGCAGACGACCUCCCUCACCCGUUCGGCCUCACCCAGUACCAGGACUACAUCUACUGGACGGACUGGAGCCAGCGCAGCAUCGAGCGCGCCAACAAGACGAGCGGGAAGAACCGAACAGUCAUCCAGGGCCACCUGGACUACGUCAUGGACAUCCUGGUGUUUCACUCGUCCCGACAGGGUGGCUGGAACGCCUGCGCCUCCACCAACGGUCACUGCUCCCACCUCUGCCUCGCCGUGCCCGUCAGCAGCUUUGUGUGCGGAUGUCCCGCACACUUCUCGCUCAAUUAUGACAACAAGACAUGCACCGCUCCGACGUCGUUCCUGCUCUUCAGUCAGAAGACGGCGAUCAAUCGGAUGGUGAUCGACGAGCAACAGAGUCCUGACAUCAUCCUGCCGAUCCACAGCCUCAGGAACGUCCGUGCCAUCGACUACGACCCCCUCGACAAGCAGCUGUACUGGAUCGACUCCAAGCAGAACGUCAUCCGCCGCGCCCAGGAGGACGGCAACCAGAGCCAGACGGUGGUGUCCAGCUCGGUAGGCGGAGUCAGCCAGGGCCUGCAGCUGUACGACCUGAGCAUUGACAUCUACAGCCGCUUCAUCUACUGGACCAGCGAGGUCACCAACGUCAUCAACGUCACCCGGACGGACGGCAGCAGGGUGGGCGUGGUGCUGAGGGGCGAGCACGACAAGCCACGGGCCAUCGUGGUGAACCCAGAGAGAGGGUACAUGUACUUCACCAACCUGCUGGAGCGCUCUCCGAAGAUCGAGCGGGCGGCACUGGACGGGACGGAGCGGGAGGUUCUGUUCUUCAGCGGUCUGGGCAAACCGGUGGCCCUCGCCAUCGAUAACGAGGUGGGGAAGCUGUUCUGGGUAGACUCGGACCUGAGGCGCAUCGAGAGCAGCGACCUGUCAGGAGCCAAUCGGAUCGUGAUCGCCGACUCCAACAUCCUGCAGCCGGUGGGUCUGACCGUGUUUGGGAACCACCUGUACUGGAUCGACAAGCAGCAGCAGAUGAUCGAACGCAUCGACAAGACCACGAGGGAGGGGCGCACCAAGAUCCAGGCCCGCAUCGCCUACCUGAGCGACAUCCACGCCGUGCACGAGCUCGACAUGAGGGAAUACGGUAAACACCCGUGUACGUGGGAUAACGGCGGCUGCUCUCACAUCUGCAUCGUGAAGGGCGACGGGACGACUCGCUGCUCGUGUCCUGUCCAUUUGGUGCUGCUGCAGGACGAACUCUCCUGUGGAGAGCCCCCUACCUGCUCCCCUGAGCAGUUCUCCUGCACGUCAGGUGAGGUCGACUGCAUACCUCAGGCAUGGAGGUGCGACGGUUACCCCGAGUGUGACGACAGCAGCGACGAGGAGGAUUGUCCAGUCUGCUCGGAGUCCGAGUUCCAGUGUGACAGUCGGCAGUGCAUCGACCUGAGCCUGCGCUGUAACGGCGAGGUGAACUGUCAGGACCGCUCGGAUGAAAACAAAUGUGAAGUCCGCUGUCCUCCCGAUCAGUUCACCUGCUCUAACGGUCAGUGCAUCGGGAAACACAAGAAGUGCGACCACAACACGGACUGUAAGGACAACUCGGACGAGAUCGGCUGCUAUCCAACAGAAGAGCCGCCUCCUCCUCCCAACACGACCAUUGGCUCCAUCGUUGGCGUGGUCAUGGCGUUGUUCGUGGUGGGGGCAGUGUACUUCGUGUGUCAGCGCGUCCUCUGUCCUCAGAUGAAGGACGACGGCGAGACGGUCACCAAUGACUUUGUGGUCCACGGGCCGUCCUCGGUGCCGCUUGGAUACGUGCCACACCCGAGCUCGCUGUCAAGCUCGCUGCCAGGGAUGUCCAGAGGGAAGUCUGUGAUUGGUUCGCUCAGCAUCAUGGGCGGGAGUAGCGGGCCGCCGUACGAUCGUGCUCAUGUGACUGGAGCGUCGUCCAGCAGCUCGUCAAGCACCAAGGGGACUUACUUCCCCCCGAUCCUGAACCCUCCGCCGUCUCCAGCCACAGUCCGCUCUCAAUACACCAUGGAGUUCGGUUACUCAUCCAACAGUCCCUCUACUCACAGAUCAUACAGCUACAGACCGUACACGUACCGUCACUUCGCCCCUCCCACCACCCCCUGCAGCACCGACGUGUGCGACAGCGACUACACGCCGGGACGCCGAGCGCCGCUCAAGUCCAGCGCCGCCGCCAAGGGCUACACCAGCGACCUCAACUACGACUCGGAGCCUUUCCCGCCACCGCCGACGCCCCGCAGCCAGUACCUAUCGGCGGAGGAGAACUGUGAGAGCUGCCCGCCGUCGCCUUACACCGAACGCAGCUACUCCCACCACCUCUACCCGCCACCGCCGUCGCCCUGCACGGACUCUUCGUGAGCCACGACCCCCCUUCUCUCCCCCACACAGCUCCGCCCCCUCACUGUAAAUAGCAAUUGUGCAUAAAUGAGGUCAAAAAUGGGAAAGAGAGACUGAGGACGAGGAGGAGCAGGACGAAAAAAGGAAACCGCGGGAGCUGCAGAACAUUUGUACAUUAAAAAGAGAAAAAGCAUAUUUAUAUAUUUUCUAUACAGUGUUUACUGAUAAUGCCAUAGAGGUUUGUAUUAAGAAAUUUGUACAUUUUUUAAGAAAAGGUUUUAUUAAAAUCAUCACAAAUAUAAGUUGCCUUAAAGCAGGAGAACAGAAGGACACGAAGCACACGAUGAUCAGCGGACAUUUUAACUUAUCUGAUGCCAAAUAUGAAAAACAUCCACAGCUGCAGGAGGACGCGUGGCCAUCCUGACUGUGGUUACCAUGGAAACUGGAUCAGCAGCGACCAGAGGAGAUGUGGUACUGGGUCUUUGAUUUGAAUUUACCUCCUCAUGACGAAACGGUUCGGAGGACAGCGUCUGAGCGGGUGUGAGUCGUGUGGUGAGUCACGGUAACGGCGCUCUUAGAGAUGAAGCAAUAAGGCACAUAUUUAUCGACCAAUCAGAUGGCAGAGCAGGGGUUCAGUUUGAUUUACAGCUACAGUGGCCCUGCAGGGACGGAAGCAUGUCUAAUGUGCACAAAAAGCAAUCAGAACAUUCAGACAAUCGCGUUUUGUACACUAAAAACAACACGAAGCACACUACAAACUUGCUGCUCGCUACUAACUACACUACACUGAAAACUGCAUGUACACUGUGCAAUUAUAAGCUAAUUCUACAGCAGCCAUGGUGGAAUGACAGCUCAUGCUGUGUGAGUGAAUCGUUUACGACAACACCAACAUGCACGAUUUAUGCGCUCCUACUCUACCAGUAGAGUUGGCAAAUACCAGGAAGUUUCCCUUUAAAAGUCUUGUUUUCAUGGCUUAAACAGCGAUAAAACCGCUCUCACAGCCAUAAAUGGCAACACCAGCAAACACAACAAGAAGAUAUUUAACUAACAGCUAGUGAUGGGAAUCAAAAUCGUAGUUCAGCAAUAAGAGACGAUUCUUCAGCUCCCAAAUCUUUUAUAAAAUUAGCCAAAUAAGCAAUGCUUUGACCAACUACUGAUGAAUCUUUAUUGAUCGCACUGAAAGUCUUCAUUACAAUUUUAAAAAACACGUAUUCCCCCGAAAAAAUGCAUGAUUUACCACCUGUGCCUGCAGCGGAACAAUGUAGAGAUGCAUGACAUUGGAUUUUUGCAGAUAUGCCGCUAUUUAAAAAUGCAUUUUAGCCGAUACAAUACCAAUAUUUCUAAAUAUAGUUCAGGCCUGAAACUUAAGUCUUUGUCCAGCCUUAAACUCCACAAAGUUAGUCGUGCAUACUGCCAAUAUUUAAAGCUGAUACAGGCUAUUAUUUACAGCCAGUUUAUGGGUUGAAAUAUUGGCCAAAAUAUCGAUGAAAUGACGAUAAUAUUGUGCAUCCUUAGUGCAGAGUAAAGAUCAUCCCUUAAUUAUGAGGCAGAUUUAGUAACAACAGGCUAAAAAAGGCAGCUCUUACUGUUCACAUUAAAGAGCCAGCUCUUAAAAUCAACUUCUUUUUUCAACUGCUUGUUUCAGUCUUUUAAGAUCCAAUGGGAUUGCACAUCAAAUAUGUAUUUCUGCUGUUUUCAUGAUGAUCUAGGAAGCUGUCCCACAGUUUUUAAAGGAAAAAAAUGCUCCUAAAUUGAGGAUUCUGCUCAUGCUUUUGCUCUCACUAUGGGAGCGUGUGCAGCCAAAAUAUCAAACGUUAGAAAUCCAUCCAAGCUGUGGUCAGCUGCCAUGUCCUCCAGUACUCUACACAAUAAACAACACACCAUUAGGCUGUAGGUCAGCCCAGCUACCAAGCAAGUCUCAAAAUUCAUGUUUGUGUCGGCUGAAAAUUGCACAGCGUACACCAGAUUUAAGGCUAGCUCAUGAUGUGCUGUGGAUGCAGCUUGUUGCAAUCUACAAAUGACAUAUUACACACUACAAGCAACAUGCUGCAUGCUACUUGUGUCAUGCUGGGGGCUAUGAACUACCUUAACAUGCUGCUUUAUCACAGCUACCCACACAGUUCUCAUUUUUACACACAUUUUGUGUUGCACACUACAAUCUACAUAUUGCACAAUAAUGAAAUGUCACUGUAGCUGAACAUUUCACAUUGCAUUUUUUGAUGCCCCAUGUUUAAAAUCAUUCAAUCGCUGAUAUUAGCCAACAUAUUUGUGCAAAUUUAGACAGUGCACAUGAGCCUGCCUGCAAGUUCUGAUGGAUCUGGUCCUCUCCUACAACCCUGUCGUAUGGAACAAGUGUAGCUUUUUAAAGCUGGGUUGUUUUUGGAUGCUAAUGAUUAUUAAGCAUAGAGCAGUUUCUUGUUUUUAUCCAUGAAAUUUGCAGAAAAAGUCAUGCAUACUGUUUGAAUUGCACAACUAGAUCAGUAACACAGCAGUGCUGCAACAUUGCCUUCAUAUUUGUGGAAUUUAGACCGUAUUCUCCCACUCAAAAUGCCUGAAGACCAUAUCUGAAAUGAAGCGCUACUUUUUGAUUUUAUAGGACUGUAAAUUUGCAGAAAUGCUAUCAUUUUAAGACGAGUUAUUUAAAAUGUCAAAGUAUUGAUUUUACAGCCAUGCAAUAUUUGGUAGUUUCUUGUUUUUAUUGGGAAUAUUUGCAUGCAAAAUCAUGCACAAUGUAAAUUGCACAGCUACAUUAGCAGUGCUCCGGUACUGAAGCAUUGCCUGUUAAUUUUUACUGUUAAUACAUUGCUCUUUCUCUCCUCUUUAAAAAAAAAAUGACUGAAUAUAUGAAGUUUUUUUAAGAGCAGUGAAAGAUUUUGUUCCAAUCAAUCAUAAAAAUGUCAAAAAUUAUCAUUUUAAGACAUGGGGUAUUGAAAAAUCUGACUUCACUACAUGCAACGUGCCAAACACGACACGCCUCACACUGGUGACGAUGUGCACAGUGUUUUUUAAUCUCUUGUCCCUUCAGGGCCUCCGUACAGACACUACACAGUUACAGAUCCUCUGGGCGCCACAUGACUCACAUCCCCAGACGGUCCUGAUGUUCAGACAGGUUUAAACCAAAUCGUACGCUCAUGUUUGACUCUUUUAGUUCUCAUUGAAACGUGGUGACGAUCGACUGCAACAGAAACGACCCAAAGCUGAACACAGCUGCUCCAUCCUCCAUUUUUAUUUGAGUUUUGAUUUUGUUCUCUCGUGUGGAGGACGCAGCGUUUCACCACCAACACGACCUGUGCCUGACCAGUUCCACGUCUUCAUAUCGUUGUUUUUUAUUUUAUUUUGGUGUUUCUGUUAUUUUGAGGAAAAAAACAGCGGAAAUCAGUGCCCACUAAAUGCUCUAUAGUAUUUUUGUACCACAUAUUGUGUAGAUACGUAUUUAUAAGCUAUAUAGAAAAUCAUUGUAAAUCUAUCCAUUGAACUCUUGCAGUACUUUUCAUUCCGUCUUUUUUUAUAUUGCCUCAUUAUAUUUUUCUACAGAAGAUCACUUCAGACGUACGGCGACAAUCUCAGAUCAGUCAAUCGAAGAACAUAUCCAGGUUUUAAGUGUCUGUAAAGUCAAAGUUUGAAGGACUGUUGUGCCAAAAGAAUCUUUUUUUUUAAAACGAAGCAGAGGCAGAUAAGUCGGGACCAGAGGGCGACAAAGGCAGCCGUCCUGUUGCCUUGAAAACAUCCUGUUUUUGUUUUUAAACCUGUUCUUGUCUUUGUGCUUCUUGUGACAAACCUGAAAUAUAUUGUUAAGAAAAAGUAGGAGAGCUGCCCCUUAAAUGCUCGGUUUAUUGUCUCUAGAGCAGUAGUUCUCAACAGGUCAAGCCUUAGAACUCACUAUCAACUCCUAAAUGAGCCAAUACAACCCAAAUUUCCAAUAUUUUUUAAAUUUUUUUUAAAGAAAGUGAGAAAUCAAAGCAACUGGAACAACAAGCAUGUUUUAAAAACUUUAUGAACAAUAUCUCAAAGGCACAAAUUUACAACCCACUGAAAAGGGCUCCACGACCCCCCGUUGGAGAACCAAUGCUCUAGAGAUGAUGCUAAAAGAAAACUAACACCAGCAUGAAUCUGACAAUCCUAAUCAUCUGAAUAACACACAAAUAGCUUCAGAUUUGUCACAGAAACCCAUCUUUUAACUUUCAACUGGGAAAAAAUAUGACUUUGAUUAAAGAACAUUUAUUCUUUUA